GGCUGAUAUCCAGGACCAGCAUGCGACGCGCUUGCACGACCACAUUAGGCUCGGACAGCGACAGGACCUCGCGACGCGUCACAGCAUGAUCCCGCUUUACAUCCAGCGAGACGUACUUUUCAAGGCGUAUGAGAACCAAGUGCUGGUGACGCCAAACUUGCAAGAAACAGAACGUCUUCUGGUUAUUCUGCAUGACCCGCCGCAACUGGUCGCCCAACCCGAUUCUCAUGACAACCAUCUGGAGUCCCACAACGCGUGGAUUGUUGAUCCGGUCGUUGAGUACAUCGACUGGGCAGUCAGCCAGGGUUUCGGCGUCAUGGACAUAAACGUUCCAGCCUCGUUGCCUCAAGAAGAAGACACGGACCCUUUCAUUCCUCGCUCGCCAGAGAAGAUCAUGCAAGCCCAAUUGCAGGAGUUGGUCUGUUAUCUGUGGGACAAUUACAUCCAGCUUUACGAGAACGCUACAGAGAUCUUCUUGAUGGGUGUAGGUAAUGCCUACCUCGGAGUCAAGGUCCUCCUCAUGGGCAGAGACUGUAAGCCACGCAUUACAGGUGUCGUCAACUUUGUCACGGGCACGCUCCGUCCCGUCAAGUCAGACGUGGAUCCAGAUCUGUCAGCCUGGUACAAGGAGCACUCACAGGUGUACAUCGCGAGCGACCAUUUAUGCUGGAAGAGUGAGGACUUGACGCGAAAGGUGCAGAAGCGGCGAUUUGGCUCGGUCAAGCGGAGCCCGACCAACGGCCUCAGUAAGAUGAUGCAGCUCCACGCCGAAGACGUCCAUGCCUGGAUCUUGCAAGCCAUUGCCAGCAACAAACCUGAGACGACAGACGAUGAGAAGAUGUCAUGAGGUAGAGGUAGAGAGUCGAUAUUGGAGACUGAAGAGAAUAUCGCUGCAAGUGGAAUGUGGCCGGGCGAUGGAGUUGGUUUGCGAGGUCAUUUCUGCACUACGAAGGGGAUGGGUAGUUUGUGCGUAUACACCUAGUGGCUUCCGUCAAGCAUUUCGUCAUGGAAUUGACUGGACUUUUUGAGA